GGCUCUACCUGAGUUUCGUUAAGGGAAGCGGAAAAGGCAUAAACUGCUCGGCCUGCUCCGGACAUUAUCAGAAUUGUUCUCCCGUGAUAAGAAGUAUCCGUGGGUCAUCUAUACGUUUACCUGGAUUGCAAAGGACAUAGAAGUUCCAACGUUUUGGAGAAUAAUAUUUUCCUGAAGCUUGGGGUUCUAAAUUACCUUCUCCCAGAUCGAAAAUAUCCUACUUCCUGGUCACGUUCAACAGCAGACAAUAAGCAUGGCGUUGACCCCGCGGCGUGUCCGGCUCAAGCCCUGGCUAGUGGCCCAGGUGGACAGUGGGUUCUACCCAGGCCUGGUGUGGAUUGACCGAGACAAUAAGCGCUUCAGGAUCCCUUGGAAACAUGCUACACGGCACACCCCCCAGCACGAGGAAGAAAACACAAUUUUUAAGGCCUGGGCGGUAGAGACCGGAAAGUUCCAGGAGGGUAUUGAUGAUCCUGACCCUGCCAAGUGGAAAGCUCAGCUCCGCUGCGCCCUCAACAAGAGCAGAGAGUUCAACCUUGUCUACGACGGCACCAAAGAAGUCCCCAUGAACCCCCUGAAGAUCUACGACAUCUGCGACAUCCCACAGCCCCUCAGUAACCCAGGAUCUUCAGACCCUGGGUCUUGGACACCAAAUGAUGGGGAUGAAGAUGAAUCAGAUGGCUCAGAGCCCCUCCCUCCUUAUCCAACAUCCAACGGCACCAGCCCCGCUCUUAUGUGGUCUCCACCGGGGUCUGUAUCGCCCCUCCAACCCCCCAGCUGCCCCCCAUCAGUUGAAGUGUGGCCCAAAGAGGAAGUUAAGCUGUGGCCCAAAGAGGAGCCUUUGGAUAUGGAGAUGCAGCCUUCGCCCCUGGAGAUGGCGCCCCCCCCCCCACUGGACAUGCCUCCCCCUCCCAUGCCUGACGUGAUGUUCGCCUCCCCAGAGAUGUGGAUCAGCUCCUUGCCUAUAACAGACCUGGAGGUGCAGUUCCAGUACCGGGGUAAGGAGGUGUGUCCAGCCAUGACGGUCAGUAACCCACAGGGCUGUAGGCUUUUUUACGGGGACCUAGGUCCCAUGGUCAACCAGGAGGAGCUGUUUGGUCCUAUCAGCCUGGAGCAGCUGAGGUUCCCCUCUACUGAGCAUAUCGCCAACGACACGCAGAGGGUCUUCACCAACCGCCUGCUGGAUGUCAUGGACCGAGGCCUCGUCCUGGAGAUCAGCGGCCAUGACAUCUAUGCCAUCCGCCUCUGCCAAUGCAAGGUGUACUGGUCAGGCCCCUGCGCCCCCAACCCCAAAGCACCCAACCUCAUAGAGAGGCAGAGGAAGAUCAAGCUGUUCUGUCUGGAGUCCUUUCUCAGUGAUGUGAUAGCCCAUCAGAGGGGCCAGUCAGCCAGCCCUCCUCAGUUCGACAUCAACCUGUGCUUUGGAGAGGAGUGGCCUGACAGCAGACCCAAAGAGAAGAAGCUCAUCAUGGUGCAGAUUAUUCCAGUGGUAGCACGUAUGAUCACUGAGAUGUUCUCAGGCGACUGCAUGCGCUCCUUCGACAGCGGCAGCGUGCGCCUGCAGAUCUCCAUCCCAGACAUCAAGGACAACAUCGUGACCCACCUGAAGCAGCUGUACCGCCUGCUGCAGACCCACCAGGGCCAGGAAGGCUGGCCUCAGGCUCUGGCCCCCGGAGCCGGCAUGCACCUGCCCCAGGCCCUGCAUGCCCAGUGAAGUAGCCUAGUCCACCACGGCCCUACCAGGCCAGUCAGUCUCUCUCACACACACAGCUCUGUCUGGACACUGCUGCCUCUCUACUGCUGGUCCAAGAGGGGAUCUAUUAUCAGCAAACUAGUACUUAUGUUUAUAGAGGCAUGUUCAUCAGAAUAGGGAGAGGGAUCACAUCGAUUUAGCUUCUUUUCCCCCUUUUGUUAUUAUGGUCUAUUAUAGGGUUCAUUGGUCCAUGUGUAUAUAUUGUGGUAAAUGCUGCUACCAGGCAUUGUAAUUAUACUGUUACUGUGGCAGUCAGUAAAACAUGGUGUGAUGAUAGUGUCUGUCUGCAGUUGUAAGCUCUAGGGCCUUGAACUAGAGCAGCAUUAUGGGUCAAAGUCCUGUAGGCUGCAAGUCAACAUUGAACAUCGUCAAUGAGUUACAGACAUAACCCUGGUCGCCAGUUACACAAUACAGUCAGUGACUUCUGAAUAAUCAUCAAGCUUUGUCCUGGUCCUUGUUGUUCAUAAAACAUGAUCUCAUUCUCAUGUUUGCUACCUGUUUGAGUGCUAAUGCAUUUUAGUAGAUUUAGUUGAACUUUUAUCAAUAAGUGAUACAUGCAUAUAUUUUAAGUUAUCCGUUUUAUUAUAAACAAUAUAAAGAAAAAGUAUCAUUGUGACAUUUGCAUUUUAAGUCAUUUAGCAGACACACUUAUCCAGAGCGACUUACAGGAGCAGUUAGGGUUAAGCGCCUUUCACAAGGGCACAUCAACAGAUUUUUCACCUAGUCGGCUCGGGAUUUGAACCAGCGAACUUUCAGUUACUGGCUCCCCGCUCUUAACUGCUAGACUACCUUCCGCCCAUGACUGUUGAGAUCCAUUCCUUCAUGCGAUUCUGACUGGUCUUGCUAGGUAUGUGAACAGUUUACUAUAACUUAGUUUUUUGUGGAGAUCAUUUAAAGGUACUAGUAGAGAAAAUCAUUUAAAUGUUGAUGAUUUUCCAUAUGUAUAUCCUACACUUAUCAUUAUAUGGAAUUUAAACUAUUUGUUUUGGCCUAUGAAAAUAGUAUACGGGGUGUGCACUUAAUGUUAAAGGAUCUCAACUCUUUUUCCCUCUAAUGAUUUGUAUUUUCCUUUUUUUGAAAUAAAAUUUUCCAAAACUA